AUGCACAUAGCUGUAUACAAGGGAGACUUAGCCUUAGUGAAGUGCUUACUGGAAGAGGGAGCUGAUCCUUGCCUUGGAGGUAAACAUCAACUUCCACCUCUUCACCUAGCCGCUAUGAUUGGAAGUCCAUCUAUAGUGCAGGCUUUGGUGGACAAAGGAGCAUCUUUAGCCGCUAAUGACUUUGUCCUUUUCACGGCUUUGCAUUGCGCUACAUAUUUCGCCAACGAACAGGUUGUACGAUGUUUGCUGAGUUGUGGUGCUGACGGGAACGUCUGUGGAGGAGUAAAGGAUCGUCCAUUGCAUUUGGCUGCAAGCAGAGGCCUUUCGGCUAUCACUUCCCUAUUACUGGAAGCUGGGGCUGAUCCACAAUUGGCCGAUGAUGAGGGCAACCUACCUUUGCAUUUUGCUGCAAAAACGGGACAUAUGGCUGUGCUAAAUAUUCUUCUACGAAGCAGUUCUAAUGUUGUCGAGAUUGUGGCUACUCGCAACGUUUACGGUGAUACUCCACUUCAUCUGGCCUGCUAUGGAGGACGUCUGGAUGCAGCUAAAGCUCUCAUCACUGCUGCUGGAUCUCAUCUGAUGGUUUCUGAAAAUGUCUUUUCCGAGACACCAUUACACGCAGCUUGUACAGGAGGGAAGUCGAUCGAGUUGAUUGCAUAUCUGAUGAAACAACCAGGUGUAGAUCCUAAUUAUCAAGGACAAGAUGGUCACACUGCUUUGCAUUCGGCAUGUUAUCAUGGCCACCUGCAGAUUGUACAGUAUCUACUUGAAAAUGGCGCUGACCAAUCUCUAGCAGCUCGUACUAACGAAAGACCAACAAAUCCUCAAGGCGCGCCACAAUCCACCUUUGCUGCAGCAAUAAUGGCUUUGAAUCGGCCAGAAACAUUAUCGGGGAUUUCGUCGCGUGACUCGGACCAGCAAACACCGGUAAUCUGGGCUUACGAAAAGGGACAUGAUAGGAUAGUGGCGCUGUUGAAACAAUACGCAAAUAAAAGACCAGAUGCUGACGACCAGCAAACACCGGUAAUCUGGGCUUACGAAAAAGGACAUGAUAGAAUAGUGGCGCUGUUGAAACAAUACGCAAAUAAAAGACCAGAUGCUGACGUAUGCAGCGAAUACAGCUCUGGAGACUCAUAUACACCCUUGCCAUCACCUAUGGGAAGAUUACGGUCUAUGACUAGGGAAAAGGCUGAAGUUCUACAACUUCGAUCAACGCUUCCUCCUAUAUUUCACUUAUCUUUGGCUGACAUCGAUUUUCAGGAAGCAAUAGGAAGCGGAUCGUUUGGAAAAGUUUAUAAAGGAAGCUAUCGAGGCAAAGUUGUGGCAAUUAAAAGGUACCGCGCUGCUGUUUAUGGUUGUAAAUCCGAAGUGGAAAUGCUUUGUCGUGAAGUUUCAAUACUAUCAAAAUUGGCUCAUCCGAAUGUAGAAGCAAUAGGAAGCGGAUCUUUUGGAAAAGUUUAUAAGGGAAGCUAUCGAGGCAAAGUUGUGGCAAUCAAAAGAUACCGAGCUGCUGUUUAUGGUUGUAAAUCCGAAGUGGAAAUGCUUUGUCGCGAAGUUUCAAUACUAUCAAAAUUGGCUCAUCCGAAUGUAGUGAGCUUUGUCGGUGCAGUUUUGGAUGAUCCGAGCCAAUUUGCGAUUAUCACAGAGUUUGUCAGCAAUGGUUCAUUGUUCUCACUUUUGCAUGAGCAAAAACGUGUUCUGGAUCCUCCAUUUCGCCUUAGGAUAUCAUACGAUGUAGCCCAAGGCAUGCGGUAUUUGCAUGACAGUGCGGCAAAACCUGUGAUUCAUAGGGACUUGAACAGCCACAACAUACUGAUUCAUCUUGAUGGUCGUGCGGUAGUUGCUGAUUUUGGUGAAAGUCGUUUCAUGUGCCAAACGGAGGAGGAGAAUAUGACAAAGCAGCCAGGAGUUAAGGUUUUCUCCCAGUCUGGUCGUUACGAUCGGCGUGUUGAUGUAUUCAGUUUUGCCUUGGUAGUGUGGGAAGUCCAUUCUGGCGAGCUUCCUUUUUCGCAUUUGAAACCAGCUGCUGCCGCUGCAGAAAUGGCAUACAAGCGAGGACGCCCACCACUUCCCGAUCAACCAACGGCUCAAUUUCCUGCUCCGAUACUUGAACUACUUCCCAUGGCUUGGCAUCAGGAUCCGAUUGCAAGGCCA